AGAGUAGGUUACAGAACUAAACUGAAGUAUUGAAUCAUGAUGAUGUCUUUAAUUGUAAACUUUCUUCCAUUAAAAUGCAAAAUCGAAGCUUUAUUCCUGGGAUGAAUUCCCUUCCAAUUCGAACCCACCAAAUUCAUGAAUUCCCCUCUCAAUUUCCCCAAAAUAAUCCCCAAUUACAACCCUUAAAUACCCAUGAUUCCCUUACUUUAGAGGAAAUCAGAUUAAGAGAUGAAGUCAUUUACCUCCAUUCUCUUUGGCAUCGAGGUCCUCCUCCUCAUCCUUCUUCAUAUUCUCUAUCUCAUCAUUCCCCCCUUUUUCUUAGACCUUCUAAUCAUACCCACUUCAAAAAGAACCAUAAAAAGUCGAAAAAAUGGAAACCCUACAUUUUUUCCGACAAGGAAUGGCCAGUUGAAUCAAAACCCAAAUCCCCAAUUUCAUCUGGGUCGAUUUGGCCCGAAUUCAAGCCCAAUUCAGCUCCAAUCACUCGUCCCGCAAACGAGGAAGAACGAGAAAGGUUAAUGGCUGUUAAGAUUCAUUUAAAGGGUUUGGAUUCUUGCUUAGGGUUAUUCGGUAAGAAAACAAGUAACGAUAGUGAGGAUGACGAUGACGACGACGACGAUGAUGUUAUUGAUGAUGCGAAAGAAUUCGAGUUCUUGAUGAAUGUAUUUGAGGAAAAUGCUGAAUUGAAGAGUUUUUAUGAGAAGAAUUGUGAAAAUGGAGAGUUUUAUUGUUUGGUUUGUGGGGUUUUAGGAAAUAAACUUAGUAGGAAGUAUAAGAAUUGUGUUGCUCUUAUUCAACAUUCUGUUACUAUAAACAAAACUAAGAAGAAGGCAGCUCAUAGAGCUUUAGGGCAUGUUAUUUGUAAGGUUCUUGGAUGGGAUAUUAACCGGCUUCCGUCAUUGCCGGGACCUUCUGCUGUUGGGGGUGCAAAUGUUCAGUCUUUGGAGAAAUGCUGUCAACUUCAGAACGAGAGUAAGGUUAAUGCUGAUGGAGAAGGAGGCUCUGCUCUUGGCGGUGAAUCAGUUAGUUGUGGGGCAUGAGAAAAACUCGACAAAGAUUACAUUGCGUAACAACAGAAGAGCAUGUUCAAAUUGUUGGCCGUGUUCCCUUUUGACUUGCGUUGUAACUAAAAGAAAGUCGAGGAAACACUGAAGAGUUUGUAUUUGAUACAGGGUUGUCGGAUACCCAAGUGUAAUAUACUUCGAGAUACUAUUAGUGAAUUUAUCUUUGAUCCCAUGGUAUUCGAUUUGUGCGAGUUGUUAUGAGGUCAAGUCUAGCCUAAUUAUUAUCGGCAAACCACAAAUUCAUGCCGUCUGGAUAUAAAUCUACCGUCUUUGGUUGUUUGAGAAGUCUGUCAUGAUGGCAAUUUGAGCCAUUGUUGAUGAAGGUGGAUUUGAGUUGGAAACAAUUGAUAAUAUCCAAAGGUAAGUAGCGAGGAUGUAAGAUUUCGACGAUCCAUGGCCGAUGAAAGAGUAGGGUUAGUAACUAACGUGUAAUUACUUUCUCUUCCACAUUGUUAAGUCUUCAUUAAUCGUAUUCAUGGAACACUUUAUGGUGAAUAAGAUGGGUUAGGUUGUGU